GUUUACUGACGUCAUGGCGGAGUAGUCUGCGCACGCAACAGCCGCCAAAAUUAAAAACAAAAACAUGGAGGGGGCUUCGUCGAGAGGUGUUUUGAGUCACCUCAGUCUGCUGGAAGCUCAGACCAGGAGCCGCCAGGCCCCCCAGCAGCCGAGCCGCGUGAAGGAGCUAAAGGCUAAGGUAGCAUCGCUGAGCGCCCAGAGAGACCAGCUGAAGGCAGAGAUACAGGCACACCAGCAUCUCCAGAAACUGGGGCCUGCUGUGGACAAACGGCAAACAAAUGGAGAAGAGGAGGAAAUUGAAGUAGACUUUGAAAGCUCUGAGUUGUUACGUCUGAUGGCCAGACACUCUGAGCUGUCGGAUCUUCUUCAUGCUCAUCAGCUUAUUGGCGGAUAUAACGCUGUUAAAACCCGAAAAGGUCAAGGCAUGUGCUUCACUCUCACAACUGUGUACGAUGGUGUGUAUUUGAGCUCCUACAACCUGGAGAUUGAUGUGAAGCCUAGAGUGAGGAUCAGUCGCCAUAACAUCCCCCCCUUCAUUCCUCUGGAUGACCUCGCCAUGAAGAGCAACUUGCAGACAAACAUCAGGGCUUUUCUGGACACGGUCAGCCAGCAUCUCAAUGCGUACGAAGGCCGCAAGCAGCAGCUGAAUCUUGUUAAGAAGCAGCAUACGUAUGCGGAGGUGAUGGAGAGUAACCUGUUGUGCUCUAUACUGGUGCUGAUGUUCACCGUGCCCCCAAAGAAGACAUCCUUGCUUUGCACGUUGGAGUACAACGACCUCACCAGAUGUCUUCCCACACGAGUCCAGUUAGACUGCGAAAACCAGCAGCUUCCUGAAUCUUUGCCCUGGAAGAAAAACUGCAGCUUACUGAUGGAGGUUCCUUUGCACGCAGCUUUAACAGCCAUGAAGAAAUCAAAGAAUAUUGUUUAAUUUAUUUUCCAGUUAGUGGAAUUUAACUUUUGCUGUAAAUACUAAAUAAUUUUGUCAGAAGGGUUGAAAUUUUUCCAUACUGCCUCUGGUUGUUUCUCUCUUGAGCAACAUGCCGCUAUGGAUGGAGCUGUCACACUGGGGUUUUCCCAUCAGCACCUCUGCAAUUUUUUUUUGUUCCAUCAUCAACAAUUUAAAUAAUUGUAUUUAAUGUAUAUUUCCUAAUCUUUUGUUAUUGUUAAAUAAUAAAUUCUGAUUUCUUA